AUGGGCCAACCAUAUAGUGACAAGCCGUCUGGUACGGCAUCAAAGUCCGAUAUGGCGGGAAACGAUAGCAACUCGAGCUCAAAGGUCGAUGUCGUGGAGGUCAGUGGAAGAGAGGUGGAGGCAUCCGGGUCGACAUUCGAGACUCCUCUGGGUCGUCGGAUGAGUCCUGUCGAUGACCUCAAGCACCGUCUCUCGCUAUGGGGUGAGUCUAACCUCCAACCAAAUGACAGUGAUGAAGAAGGAUCAGAAUACGAACUUCUUUUAGAUCCCAAUCUUCCUGAGGAGUAUACACGACCGAGCAUGCCGCGUCCCCGUGGCUCAUCGGCCUCGACAUAUUCCGCCGACGAGGAGAAGGUAUUGGAUAUCAACAAGGAAGGCGAAGAGGACUCACCCUACCCCGAAGUCAGAGCUGCCGUGCGGAAUUACGAUGUCGAAGCGCCUUGCAACACUGUUCGUGCUUGGACCAUAGGAAUGGUACUUGUCGUCGUUGGCGCCUCCAUGAACACUUUGUUCUCUCUCCGAAACCCCGCCAUCGGCCUUGGUGCCUUGAUUGCCCAGAUCAUCGCCUGGCCUAUCGGUCACGGCUGGGCCAAGGUCAUGCCCAAGCGACAGUUUAACUUCUUCGGGAUACGAUGGUCGCUGAACCCUGGACCGUUCAACAUCAAGGAGCAUUCUAUCAUUGUUGUGAUGGCUAGUGUCUCAUUCUCUGUCGCGUAUGCGACUGAUAUUAUCUUGGCCCAGAAAGUCUUUUACAAGCAGGACUUCGGAAUCCCCUGGCAGCUCAUGCUCACCAUAUCUACCCAGUCACUUGGUUACGGCAUUGCUGGUAUUAUGAGGACGUUCCUCGUCUAUCCUGCGGCGAUGAUCUGGCCCGGAAAUCUCGUCUCCGUGACAUUGAUGAAUGCCAUGUACGAGGGCAACGAACAGCCGGAUCCCACUGUUCUCGGUGGAAAAAUGCCUCGUUACAGGUGGUUUGCAAUCAUCACUCUCGGCGCCUUUGUCUAUUAUUUCAUCCCUGGCUUCCUGGCGCAGUUCCUGAGUACCUUCGCCUUUGCCACAUGGAUCGCCCCGCAGAACCCAGUCGUCAACCAGCUUUUUGGUGCUACAAGUGGCCUGUCGAUUCUUCCCAUCACUUUUGACUGGUCACAGGUCGCGGGUUUCGUUGGCUCCCCUCUGAUUCCGCCUUUCCAUGCCAUUGCCAACACCCUCAUUGGAGUUUUCACAUUCUUCAUCAUUGGAGCGUCGGUCUUCCACUACAGUGGUGUGUGGUUUGCCGAGUUCUUACCCAUGAGUGACUCUGGUACCUACGACAACACAGGCUCGUCCUACAAUGUAUCGAGAAUCCUGACACCCGAGUUCACCCUGAACCUAGAGGCCUACAAGGAGUACUCGCCGCUGUUCAUCAGCACGACAUUCGCCAUGUCUUACGGCUUGUCCUUUGCCGCUAUCGCCUCUCUGAUUGUGUACACGUACCUCCAUCACGGCAAGAUGAUCUGGAGUCAAUGGAAGAACUCCAAGAACGAGAAUGACGAUAUCCACAUGAAACUGAUGAGGAAGUACCCCGAGGCUCCAACCUGGUGGUACAUGAGCUUGUUUGUCCUCAUGCUGGCUCUCGGCUUCGUUGCCGUUCUAGCUUUCCCAACCAACCUGACGUGGUGGGCGUUCCUGCUCUCCGUGGCCAUCUCGUUCUGUUUUUCCCUGCCCAUUGGAAUUAUUCAAGCCAUCACCAACAACCAGAUCGGGCUCAACGUCCUGACUGAGUUUGUAUUUGGUUACAUCCAGCCUGGUCGUCCGCUGGCUCUCAUGAUCUUCAAGACGUUCGGUUACAUUACUAUGAGUCAGGCGCUCAGUUUUGUUUCCGAUCUCAAGUUUGGUCACUAUAUGAAGAUCCCUCCGCGGACCAUGUUCAUGGCCCAGGUCGUGGCAACGACGUUCUCGUGCUUCAUCCAGAUCAUGGUUCUCAACUCUGCGCUGAAGGCCAUUCCGAAUGUUUGUACGACAACUCAGCGAGAGCACUUCACCUGCCCAGGCGGAAAGGUUUUCUUCUCUGCCUCCGUCAUCUGGGGACUCAUUGGACCGUCCCGCAUGUUUUCCCCGGGCCAGAUCUACUCCGGCCUCUUCAUCUUCUUCGGCAUCGGCACAAUCGUGCCCAUCAUCUUCUACUUUGCCGCCAAGAAGUGGCCCAAGUCACCAGUCAAGUACCUCAUGGCGCCGCUCAUCUUCGGUGGCGCAGGCUCCAUCCCGCCAGCCACACCGCUCAACUACCUGUCCUGGGGCAUCGUAGGCUUCGUCUUCCAGUACUACAUCCGCAAGCGCUACUUCAACUGGUGGAGCCGCCUCAACUUCCUGACUUCCUCCGGUCUCGAUCUCGGCCUCGCCCUCAGCACGCUCACCAUUUUCUUCGCCUUCACUCUGAAUAACAUCAACCCACCUAGCUGGUGGGGCAACGAUGUCAUCACCACGACGAUGGACUUCCAGGACACGGCCAUCCAGACCGUACUUCCUGAGGGCCAGACCUUUGGCCCAGCGACGUGGUCGUGA